GUUAACACCAAUCCGCUGCGAGCUCAAUUUUCCGACACCGAGAACAGCAAUUCAGCCAUGAAUGGCCUUCUUUCCAUCAGAUUUGGAAUCUUGAAAACGCCCAAGAACAAUAAGUUCUGGACAAUAGCCGUUGGUCAAUUGUGUGUGAGUAGUUCUGUUGGCUUUUUACAAUCACAGACGACAGUGUUUUAUCGAGUAGGCUGACUUCCUCGAAGACUGGAUCCCUGUCCUGCAAGUCCAUCAUUUCUGAACAGCCAAAACAGACCAAUCUUGCAAUCUUUCUGAACUUGUACCAUAACAGAAUCGUUGUACUCUUUUUGCCCCUAUGUCGUUUCUGCUCUUGAGAAAUGGUAGUAGAGAGGACUAUGGAAAAGUCAGCGAUGUUGCGACUCCCUGGCCUUGGUCUUGACGUUUCGAUGCCACUCUGCCCAAAUGCUCAUAGUCAUGCGGAAGUUAUAUAAAGGGAAAGCGUGCGGUCUUUGCGUCCUCGUAAGUAUGGGUGAUUCAUUGUAGGAAACAAUUAUCUUCCCCUGAUCGCAUCAAGGGGGCCGUUCCCCUUCUUGGUUCGAUUCCUUCGUGUCUAAGAAAGUGGCAGUCUUUGGUGGGAAGCCAUGGUUUCAUGGCUCAGACAGAUGCGCACCAACUUCGGGUUUCCGUUUCUAUGGCUCAUCGUCUUCAUCUACUUCAUCCAGGGCUUUAGAUCUUUUGUCUGGAUGGCAGUUUCUUUCCAGCUGAAAGACAUGCUUAAGUUGUCACCUUCCACCUCACAAUUUCUUGUCUCAAUUGCACAAUCACCAUGGAGCAUAAAACCAUUAUAUGGAAUCUUGUCAGAUUGCAUCCCUAUCCAUGGAAGGAAACGACUUCCUUACUUAAACUUGGCAACUCUUCUAUCUCUUGUUCCAUGGCUUAUUCUUGGUCUUUCAGAAUCAUUGAGGAGUUCAUCUAUAUCCCUCACCAUAUUCUUAACAAUACAAAACAUAGGCUCUGCUAUGGCUGAUGUUGUAGUAGAUGCAAUGAUUGCUGAGGCAGUGAGAUUCGAGCGGGCUGCUUAUGCUGGGGAUCUUCAAUUAAUAUCCUGGUCAACAAUGGCAUUGGGUGGAAUAAGUGGGAGUUUGUUGGGCGGAUAUUCGUUAACUAACAUGAAAAUUCACAGAAAUUAUAUAAUAUUCUCUGCAUUAAAUUCCAUCCAGCUUCUUUCAUGUGCUUUUGUUAAGGAGGCUUCGUUUAGCAGCACCACUGUUGGCGAAAAUACAGCAGAUGCUUCACUUGACUCUUAUAAUCCUGCAAUGACAAAAACGAAUUUGUCAAUGGAAUAUGCUCCAGACAAAGAGAGUCCGAUGAUUGACUAUGCCCAAACUAAUAUCCAGAAUGGAAAGUUAUCAGGAGUUUCUGAAGAAUUAGCUGCUGAUCUAGUUCAGAGAGAGAGAGUCUCCAAUGUGAAUGCUCCUGUGGUGGAAACUGAUGAUUUUGGCACUAUGAGAAGAAGAAAGAAAACCAAAGAAGUUGGGGAAUUGAGGAACAUCUCUAUGCCAUCUGAGAUUGUGAAGUGCCAUAAGAAGAAGCCUCUAGUAAUGAAAUGGCUUUUGUCCUUGCUUACAGGUAGUGUCUAUAAUUUGUCUCGGGCAGUUAGGAACAUCCCUAUGCCAUCUGAGAUUGUGAAGUGCAAUCAGAAGAAGCCUCUAGCAAUGAAAUGGCUGUUGUCCUUGCGUACAGGUGUCUAUGGUUUGUUUCACGCAGUUAGGAACAUCUAUAUGUCAUCUGAGAUUGCGAAGUGCCAUCAGAAGAACCCUCUAGAAAUGAAAUGGCUGUUGUCCUUGCUUACAGGUGUCUAUGGUCUGUGUCAGGCAGUUAAGAACAUCUAUAUGUCAUCUGAGAUUGCAAAAUGCCAUCAGAAGAAGCCUCUAGCAUUGAAACGGCUGUUGUCCUUGCGUACAGGUGUCUAUGGUUUGUCCCAGGCAGUUAGGAACAUCUGUAUGCCAUCUGAGAUUGUGAAGCGCCAUAAGAAGCCUCUAGCAAUGAAAUGGCUGUUGUCCUUGCGUCGGGGUGUCUGUAGUUUGUCCGAGGCAUUUAGGCAACCAAUAAUCUUAAGGCCUAUGACAUGGUUCUUCAUUGCACAUGUUACUGUUCCAAACAUUUCAAUUUCUAUGUUCUAUUACCAGACAGAAUUCUUGCAUAUGGAUUCAUCAUUUGUGGGGACAGCACGUGUUGUUGGAUGGUGUGGCCUAAUGCUUGGAUCAAUCAUCUAUAGUCGUUUUCUGAAGCAUAUUAAACUAAGGAGGAUUCUUAUGUGGGCUCAAGUUGGACUGGCCUGCCUUAUUCUCUUUGAUAUUGCUUUGGUAUCCAGACUAAAUGUUCUCGUCGGCGUAUCUGACAAGGCGAUGGUGCUUGGUGUAUCUGCUCUUGCAGAUGCUGUCCAUCAGCUGAAGUUGAUGCCAUUUCUGAUCAUUUCCGGCCGCCUAUGCCCUCCAGGAAUUGAAGGCACACUUUUUGCUAUGUUCAUGUCCAUAAACAACCUUGGCUCUACACUGAGUUCGCUCCUAGGCGCUGGCUUGGCUUCGGCUUUGCACAUUCAAACGGAAGUUUUUGACAACCUUCUACUUGCAAAUAUCGUCAGGCUUAUCUGCAGUUUUAUCCCCAUAACGUUCCUUUUUCUGAUACCAGAGGAAGCGACAGGUGUAUCGUCAUAACCUGUUACCGGUGUAUUUUUUGCGGCACUGACCUCUCUUGCCAGGAAACCCUAUUCUGGACGACGUCUUACACAUGAUUAUUGAUUAAAAGAAAGAAAGAUGUAUGAUGAACGCAUAACCAAUACAAUAAUUUAUUUAGCAGUAUAAGAAAGACAUGUGAUCGAUGCCUGCAAAUCAUUUCUGGGUUCAAUAAUCGUGAUCAAGGAGCCUUGUGUUCAAAUAGAG